GUUUCUAAGUGCCACCAAGGGGAGGGCCCUACAAACACUUGGCCGCUCAGAGAGGGUUCCUGAGGUUCCCAUCAAGGCAGGUGUUCUCCCGCGGCCUGUGGCCAUUUGUGUUCCUGCUCUGACCAUGAAGCUCUUGUAUUUUGACCGUUUAGACCAAGUCCCUUUAUGUUUCCCCCCUGGAUGCUUAUAAUGAUGCAGGAGAGAUUUACAAACUGUCUGAGCAUCAUGGAGCCUCUAGGUUCUACGUUAACGGCAACUUACGCCCACCCUAAACCAACACCAACCAAUUUUCUACCAGCCGUCAGUACUCUGGCAUCCAGCUACAGGGACCGCUUCCCCCACAACAAUGUGACCCAUCCCUUGAGCCUUCCUUGGAGGCCAAGCACGCACUACAAAGUAGCCUCCAACUCACCAACCUUGGGCCCGUACUGCACCAGAUCUCAGAAGGUGUGCGACAAUACCAUGCUUCCCUUUGUUUCCAACCGAACCACUCUCUUCACAAGGUAUACUCCUGAUGACUGGUAUAGGUCCAAUCUGACCAACUAUCUCGAAUCCGACACUUCCCGACAUAAUUCCGAGAGGCUAAGGGUAGAUACGUCUCGCCUGAUUCAAGACAAGUAUCAACACACAAGAAAAACUCAGGCAGACUCCACGCAAAAUUUGGGAGAGCGCGUCAAUGACAUAGGAUUUUGGAAAUCUGAGAUCACUCAUGAGUUGGACACAAUGAUUGGAGAGACAAAUGCACUCACUGAUGUUAAGAAAAAAUUGGAGAGGGCCUUGAUGGAGACAGAAGCCCCUCUUCAGGUAGCCCGAGAAUGUCUAUUUCAUCGAGAGAAGAGAAUGGGAAUUGAUCUGGUUCAUGACGAUGUGGAAAUCCAACUACUGACGGAGGUUGACACUAUUCUGUGCUGUGAAGAAAGGAUGAAGCUUCAUUUGGAUAAGGCCAUCGCUCAACUUGCAGCUAACAGAGCUUCCCAGCACGAGCUGGAGAAGGACCUGAGUGACAAACAGGCAGCUUACCGAAUUGACGAUAAAUGUCACCAUCUGCGCAACACGUCGGAUGGUGUCAGCUACUUUCGCGGAGUGGAGAGGGUCGAUGCGACGGUCUCAGUGCCCGAGUCCUGGGCCAAAUUUACGGAUGACAAUGUUCUCCAUUCCCAAAGUACGCGAGCGGCCUCUUCCAAGCUAAGGGACGACGUUCACAACCUGUUGGUUGUGACUGCCAAUGAGAUGUGGAAUCAGUUCAACAAAGUGAACUUGUCUUUCACCAAUCGUAUUGCUGAGACUGCAGAUGCUAAAAAUAAGAUUCAGAUUCACUUAGCGAAGACCCUGCAGGAGAUCUUCCAGACUGAGAUGACCAUAGAAUCCAUCAAGAAGGCCAUCAAGGACAAGUCCGCCUUCCUGAAGGUGGCUCAGACCAGACUGGACGAGCGCACAAGGAGACCCAACAUAGAGCUCUGCCGGGACAUGGCUCAGCUACGCCUUGUCAAUGAAGUAUACGAGGUGGACGACACCAUCCAGACCUUGCAGCAGCGUCUGAGGGAGGCAGAGGACACCUUGCAGUCACUGGUCCACACCAAAGCCACCCUGGAGCACGACCUGGCCGUCAAAGCCAAUUCCCUGUACAUCGACCAGGAAAAGUGCAUGAGCAUGCGGAAGACUUUCCCCAACACCCUCCGGUUGGUGGGCUUCUGUUAGGGCCCCCCCCCCCCAGGAGGAGGGCAAAGAGAACCGAAGCCAAGGGCUUUGGUGGCAGCAUUGAAAUCAGCUGCUCCUCUAUUCACUUAUUAAAGGGUUGCGUUGAUAGAAA